GCUGCUGCGAAUUCCUUCCCCCUUUUCCUCUCCUGUGCACGUUGCUGUCGGAAGAAGACGGUUUUUGGGCUCUCGGUGUCCAGCUGCUAUCGCCAUGACUAAGGAGGAUAACAAAGGUGCUGCCGAGGACCAGGACCAGGCCCAGUCCAAGAAAGCCAUGAAGAAACAACAGAAGGAAGCCGAGAAAGCAGCAAAAAAAGCAGAGAAGCAAGCCAAAGUGGCAUCUGAGCAGCAGGCAGAUGAAGGAGAGGACUUUGCCACGGACAGAUAUGGAGUUCCCCCCAUGAUACAAUCACAAGAUAAGCCAGAGAGGGCUCUGGUGAGAGUAAAAGACCUGACUCUUCAAAAAGCCGAUGAAGUUGUGUGGGUUCGUGCCCGGGUCCACACCAGCCGAGCAAAGGGAAAGCAGUGUUUUCUGGUCCUGCGUCAGCAGCAGUUCAACGUCCAGGCUCUGGUGGCUGUGGGAGAGCGGGCGAGCAAGCAGAUGGUUAAGUUCGCUGCCAACAUCACUAAGGAAAGUAUCGUGGAUGUGGAGGGAGUUGUGCGGAAAGUCGAGCAGAAGAUUGAGAGCUGCACUCAGCAAGACGUGGAGCUUCAUAUUGAGAGAAUCUAUGUGAUCAGCGCAGCGGAGCCACGCCUGCCCCUGCAGCUGGAAGAUGCUAUUCGUCCUGAAGGAGAGGGGGAAGAGGAAGGAAGAGCUACUGUAAACCAGGAUACCCGGCUGGACAAUAGAGUCAUUGAUUUAAGGACAGCCACCAGCCAAGCGGUGUUCGGCCUGCAGUCCGGAGUGUGUCAGCUAUUCCGGGAAACACUUAGCAAAAAAGGAUUUGUGGAAAUCCAGACUCCAAAAAUCAUAUCAGCCGCCAGUGAAGGAGGAGCCAACGUGUUCACCGUGUCCUACUUCAAAACCAGCGCCUAUCUGGCCCAAUCUCCACAGCUUUACAAGCAGAUGUGUAUCUGUGCUGACUUUGAGAAGGUCUUCUGCAUCGGGCCAGUGUUCCGUGCUGAAGACUCCAACACUCACCGUCACCUGACUGAGUUUGUAGGUCUGGAUAUAGAGAUGUCAUUCAACUAUCACUACCACGAGGUGGUGGAUGUGAUCGCUGAUACCAUGGUGCAGAUAUUCAAGGGACUGCAGGAGAGAUUUCAGACAGAAAUCCAGACUGUGUGUCGGCAGUUCCCCAGUGAGCCGUUCAAAUUUCUGGAGCCGACGCUGCGCCUGGAAUACCGCGAGGGGUUAGCGAUGCUGCGUGAAGCCGGUGUGGAGAUGGGGGAUGAAGAAGACCUCAGCACCCCUAACGAGAAGCUUUUGGGACGGUUGGUCAAGGAAAAGUAUGAUACUGAUUUCUACAUCCUGGACAAGUACCCAUUGGCUGUGAGACCCUUCUACACCAUGCCCGACCACCAGGAUCCUAAAUACUCAAACUCCUAUGAUAUGUUCAUGAGAGGCGAAGAGAUCUUAUCUGGUGCUCAGAGAGUGCACGACGCUCAGCUGCUGACGGAAAGAGCGCAGCACCAUGCGAUUGACUUGGAAAAAAUCAAGGCGUACAUUGACUCCUUCCGCUACGGAGCUCCACCUCAUGCAGGCGGAGGUAUAGGUCUAGAGAGAGUCACCAUGCUGUACCUGGGACUGCACAACGUCCGCCAGACCUCCAUGUUCCCACGUGACCCCAAAAGACUCACCCCAUAGAGACCCAUCUUCUCGGAUGUCACCUGCUACACGUAGCCAUGUUCUAGACUGUACACUGCACAUUGAAUACUUAGAUAACUUACAAACAUCAGACCUAACAAUAGGAUCAGUCAAUGCCUACAACAAAUUCUAACACCGGACUGCCCCCUAAGCCGUCCAUCAAGAGUUGCUGGAUUCCAUAACCUUACUUUUUCUUAAUGUUAACAAAUACCAGAGCUGUUAACAGAGUCAGAAUACUCA